AUGGCCGCAAGGAAACUGCAGCAAGAGAUUGACAAGGAGUUCAAGCGAGUUGCAGAGGGGGUCGCUCUCUUCGAGGGCAUUUACGAGAAGCUCACGCUGUCAAGUAAUCCGUCACAAAAAGAGAAGCUCGAGGACUCACUGAAGAAGGAAAUCAAGAAGCUGCAAAGGUCACGAGACAAGAUAAAAGGAUGGGCCAGCCAAAAUGACAUCAAGGACAAGAAGCCGCUGCAGGAUCAGAGGAAGCUCAUCGAGACACAAAUGGAAAAGUUCAAGGCCGUCGAGAAGKAAAUGAAGACCAAAGCAUUCUCCAAGGAAGGGCUAUCAGCCGCGGCGAAACUGGAUCCCAAGGAGAAGGAGAAGAUUGAGGUUGCACAGUUCCUGUCGGACAUGGUCGAUGAGCUGGGCCGGCAGAUUGAGAGUCAAGAAGCCGAAGCCGAAGCUCUUCAGGCCACGCUGAAGAAGGGGAAGAAGGAUAACGGCAAGGCAGACCGGAUGGCAGAACUCGAGCGGACAGUGGAGCGACAUAAGUGGCAUACUGGGAAACUGGAAGUACUCUUGCGAUCGUUGGAGAACGGUAGUGUCGAAGUCGAGCAGGUCAAGGAGAUUGACRACGGUAUCAAAUACUACGUUGAGCAGAACCAAGAGGUUGACUUCAUGGAGGAUGACACCAUUUACGACGAUCUCAGCCUCGAGGACGAUGAGGAUCAAUUUGGUCCGCUCGGCGAAAACGACAAAAGCUCCAGCCAGGAUACCCACAGCAUACAGGACGAUCCACCCGAACACGAGACCGUGCGAACGAGUAGUGCAGCAGGUGCAAAGACCAAGUCAGCUUCCAUAUCGGAGACAAACGCAGUGAGGCGACCGAGCGUGCAGCUGAAAUCACCACUACCCGCCCUCUCGACAUUGCAUCCUAGUCUACCCACCAACGUUAAUGGGAAAGUCGCGGAUGUCAUGAGGCCUGCACCUUUGCCAUCAUUGCCCACCGGUCAACAUCUCAAAUACGCCUCUGCGGCGGCGGCGGCGGCGACAAAUGUUGGCAUUGCGCCUCUACCACCUCCACCCAGUGGCGCAAAAUCGAGCAAUACCGCAUCACCUGCUCCAGCGCCUGCACAACCGAUCACAGCAUCACCUGUGCAGWUGGCAGAUCCGCAACCAGCGAGUCUUACUGAGCAGCAGCCAAAGCAGCGAAUACCGUCUCCGAAGGAUGAACCGAAAGCAGCGGACAUCGGCACUCCUCAAGCUUCCAAAUCAUCGCCCGUUGGGCCAUCACCACAAGUGUCGAAGCUGCAACCAUCACAAUCAGGGGACUCCGCAUCAAAACCAAGGCAACCUCCCAGCCCAGACUCUGGCAUUGCCGGAAUCGCUCUGUCACAUACCGAGACGGCGCAAGAAGAGGACGAGGAGGAGAGCAUCUACCACCUGCCAUCAUCACUAAGUGACCUGCUCGACUCCUUCGAGGAGACAAGACAGCGUGCGAGGUCCGACCAGCCUUUCGAUCUGAAUAUGCUGAACGCUUCGCGGAUGACAUGUCCGACUCCGCUGGAUGCAGAAAAGCCCAAUCACUACAAGCCGCAGAACCCAUAUCUGUACACGCCAGCGCACUACCCACAAGAGCCGCUGGGAAUAUUUGACGAUCCGAGGAUGURCUCUCGCAUCGAUACGGACAGCCUGUUCUACGCCUUCUACUAUCGACAAGGCACGUACCAACAAUAUCUCGCGGCAAAGGCACUCAAGAGUCAGAGCUGGCGAUUUCACAAGCAGUAUCAAACGUGGUUUCAACGACACGAGGAGCCGAAGAACAUCACGGAGGAGUUCGAGCAAGGGACAUACCGGUUCUUUGACUACGAGUCCACAUGGAUGAACCGCCGAAAGGCAGAUUUCAAAUUCGCGUAUAAGUUCCUCGAAGAUGAUCUCUGA